AUGGACCUGUGUCACUUCUGCUGUACUGAGGAAGCCGAUUUGGGUGUGGCGCCGUACGAUCGAAUUGCGGCGCACGUUGGCUUAUCCGAUGAUGAUUUGCUGGACUUUGAAAGCGACGAUGCGGGCGCCCCCAGUCUAGCUAAGGGUGUGUGCCUGUCUGUUUCAGGACGCAGCCCUCCACCUGCCUUCAAGAGUAGAGUUAGUUCAGAAGUCUACAGGCUGGAAGAAAACAUGCGCCGCUGCAGAGACGGAAGCAAAGUAUUUCGCAGCAGGCAAGGCAGCUCUCUUUCCCGCAGCGGCGGAAGCCCCUGCGUCACACGCCUGAGCGACAUGUCUCCCGAAGAGAAGGAAGAAGAGAAACGAAGGCUGCAGGCCCUCGUUAAGGAGUUCGCAAGGGAAGCUGUUGCAGGAUUCGGACUCACAAUUGUCGAUGCAGACCGGGACCUAAGUGCGGCCGCUACGUUCUCGAUGGACAGACACUUGCUGGACAUAUCCAUUGAUUCUUUCGAGGAGGCGCAAGUGCCAUCGGCUCAUUUUGCAGUCGGCAGUCUUACGGGAGCGUUUAAAGCAGAAGACUUCUACAAUGGGGAGAAGAAUCCACAAGCACCCCUUUCUGUAGACCUGGAAUCUGCCCUCGGUUAG